UCGUUCAACUCGGGAAACUGCAAAUCCAUUGCACUGAGGAAGAUAGCAUUUGUCGAAUCUCCUCAGCCCUGGAAUCAAUCUUAGACUCGUCUCACUCGCAAGGCCGGAGUAGUCAGUGAAGUCCGUGCCGUCAUGGAUUAAGGAGGCGAUGGAGAGGGGCACGGCCUCUUCGCUGAGAUUCCGAGACUGAUCUUCGGCCUCACUUACCUUGACCUUCACAGAGCAUCACUGGAGCGCCUCCCGGCCCGAGUACACACACAGCAUGAUGACAGAUGGAGCACGGUGUUCAUAAGUUACGCGUGCGAUACUUAUGAACUCGUUUUUGUCUGUAAUUCUGAACAGCAGUCGGACAUCGACGAAGGCACAAGUCUGUUAGCCUUCGCAUGGCACUCCACAAGAUUAGAUUUACUAGAAAAAAGGCCCAGAUUAUCGAUGGAACUUCAUGCCCAGAUUCGUAUGGAGAUGGAUUGCGAACCCGUAUCUCUCUACUGUUUCCGACCACCACUUAUCAUGUGGCAGUCGGUAGAGCUAGUUCCCGUCAGUCCACGUGUCUUGCAGGGAUCGACAAACUUCAGCCACAAUAGAAGACUCUGUGGCUGACCACGUCGCUGUCUUUACCCUCCGACUAAUGCUGCAACAACUUCAACUAGUGCGUUUGUGGUCGCACCUUCCGGCCCAUCAAACUGUAGUCUCUUUAUCGUCUUGCCAGUUUCGCCGUGCCGAGAACUCAUUCCUUGAGGCGACCGAGUGACUCGACGACAUCCUGAAGCAAAAUUGGCUGGAAUUUCGAAUCGAUGUCGUUGCUACGCUUGCCUUCAGGCGCGAAGCUAGCUUAUGGUCGGAUUUCUUCCAGGGAAAGCUACGCUGUGAGCCAUGGCUACGAAUGCGAACAUCUGAUGCAACUCUGUACCAGCUCGAGAAGUCGGAUGAAAACGGGUCGAGGGGUUGACUGUAAACUUACCUUCCCAGUGGUCUGCGCUCGCUCAACCAGGCCAACCCUGGAUGAUGUGGAGCGCUUGUCUAGGGGACGUGCGUCCAAAGCCAAAAUAGGCAGCCGGGCUGUUCCGCACCGCCUGAAUGCAGAUGAAAGAAAGGCAUUCGAACUGGCCAAGAAGAGAGGUUUUGUGGUCCAUCAACCAAACACUCGACGAUAUCCUCUGAUCAACAGUCAUCGAAAUUACUGUGACGCAUUGGGCAUACCUUGCAUUCGCAUCGACCAGGUACAUGCAGGUCAGCAAGAUGAAGUUGUGAUGGAUCUUACUCCACUACGUCUGUCAGAAGUCGGCUUGCAAUCAUUUAAAGACGUAGUUGUUGAGGCCGUAGCGUCCAUAAUGUCAUCAGACAGUGCGGCUGUAAAUCCAUCUGAGGGCGAUGCGAUGCAUCCGACAUCAGACAGAGAGGACUCGUCAUCUCCACGUACGGUCCAAAGUGAUGAAGAGAAAGAAGAAGAAGAAACACUUUCCUCCACAGACAUUGAUGCUCUAAAGGCAAUGUCAACAGCACAAACCUCGGAAGAACCCAAACCUCUGAGAUUUCAGGCUUUCAGCCGAAGCCAGGCCAGGCUCAUCGCCCAAACUGGUGUAGAGACUUGGAAGAACUGGUCGGCUGUUCAUUUGAAAACACCAGCCUAAGCCGCCCAUAGAUUAGAAACUAGCAGAUUAACUGGUCCACAUCCUCUGGUGAGGUUUUUCAGCGGGGCCAGAUUCAGCAGCAAACACUAGGUCUGCGUCACACAGAGAAUGUCGCUCCACGAGCGAGAAUGCCUCGAGCACGCCCUAGCGAUCAGGUUUUCAGCGAACAAUGUGACGACGAGAGGAAGAAAAUUCUGUUGAGAGGAGGGCGGAGGGUGGGUAGGGAAGCUCAAAGGGCUGCUCCCGCGGCUUCCUUCGAUUUUGAAGUCGAGGAUUUCGCAUUCAAAUGUACAACAUGUCAGUAAUGAUCAGGUCUUGCGACCGGCUGUUUACCGGCAAAAGGAGGCCGAGGUUUUCUCGGCCGAAUGAAAAUGACGGUCGUGGACUUGGCUUGACCUUGUAAGUCGCCGGCU